AUAUGCAACGUUUUACAUUUCAGACCCAAGUGGGAAGCUCCUUCAACGAUAACGGUUCGUGGUAAAAGUGAAGUACAUUCGUUUCCGUUGCCUGGAAGUGGAACGCUACAAAACUUCAUGCAAGUUCUAGACGGAUACAACGAUCUGAACGUAACGGAUCCCUUGACCUGGCACCGAGUUGUGGAAAGUUUCAAAUUCGGCUAUGGUCUUAGAACGAAGGUUGGGGACCCGAUCUACCUCACAUCGGCCCAUGGCUUGUUGACUAAUUUAUCCAGCCCAAGUUAUGCGGAGUAUGUACGCAGUCAAAUUCAUGACAAUGAAACUUUUGACAAAUACAAUCAUUACGGAGCGGAAUUCGCCAAUCCAGAGGAUCAUGGCACAGCGCAUAUUUGUGUACUGGCAGCUAAUGGAGAUGCGGUGUCCGCAACAAGCACUAUCAAUUAUUUAUUGGGUGCCAAAAUUCGUUCCCGAUCAACGGGAAUAAUCCUCAACGACGAAAUGGAUGAUUUUUCGUCACCUGGAACGGUCAAUACAUACGGUUUGCCUCCAUCACCGGCAAAUUUCAUCGUUCCUGGGAAGCGACCUCUUUCAUCAAUGACACCCACAAUUGUAACGAAUAAGGCCGAAGGAGUUCAAAUGGUGGUUGGUGGAGCAGGUGGUUCACGCAUUACAACGGCCACCGUUACACUUCUUCUCCGGUAUCUGUUCUUUGGAGAGGAACUCGAAACGGUAAUGAAUGCUAGGCGUCUCCAUCAUCAGUUGGCUCCAAUGUGGGUGGACUACGAAGCGGGUUUUGACGAAGCCAUUCUGGAGGGAUUGCGUAAACGAGGGCACGAUGUGCGAGAAAAGACGCCAGAUGCUGGUUUUGCUGCAGCGACAGCAAUCGCUAAAAAUGCACACCACGAGGUGUCCGCAGCCUAUGAUUCAAGGCGAGGGGGAAGUGUAGAACUAGUUGCGUAGUCCUACGCAGACUGGGUUUCAUACGAAUAAAAUGCAGUUUAAAACACUUUUCUAUUACUAA